CCCAUAUCCCUUUUCUUAAAAUCCAUCUAUGGCUAACCUUGAAAAUCAAACAAUAUCCGAACAAAUCGAUAGAAAACGAUCUUUAGACGAUAUUACUGAAAAUCAUACAGUAAAAGAAGAUGAAGAUGAAGAUGACAUUGGUCCUAUGCCUAUGAUGCCACCUACUGAAGGAGAAGUAGCACGUAAAAAGAAACGAGUAUUGCCACAUGAACAUCUUUAUUUGGAUCAGUUACCUUCGGCUGACAUGUACGAAAAGAGUUAUAUGCAUCGUGAUACACUCAGUUACAUUGCAGUAACAAAGGACGAUUUUAUUAUUACCACUUCGAAUGAUGGUCACCUUAAAUUUUGGAAAAAGACGCCUACUGGGAUAGAAUUUGUUAAACAUUAUCGAUCUCAUAUCUCAAGUAUUACUGGUAUUAGUCUUUCAGCAGAUCAUGAACUUUUAGCAACAAUAUCGGAGGAUAUGGCUUUGAAGGUAUACGAUGUCACUAAUUUUGAUAUGAUCAAUAUGAUCAAGCUUCAAUAUAAACCCAAAAGUGUAUGUUGGAUUCAUCAAAAAGGACAAGCUCAAGCUUUGGUAGCAAUAUCUGAAGUGGAAUCACCUAAUAUUCAUAUUUAUGAUGGUCGAACAGAUGGAACAGCUUUACAUACUAUUUCUAAAAUGCAUGCUAGUCCUGUUCAUAUUAUGAAGUUCAACUCAAGAUAUAAUUGUGUAGUAUCAGUGGAUGCACUUGGAAUGAUUGAAUAUUGGUCACCAGAAGAACCUUUUGAUUUACCCAGUAAUUUAGAUUUUGAAAUGAAAUCAGAAACAGAUCUAUAUGAAUUUAGAAAGUGCAAGUCUAUUCCCUCCUGUGUUGUUUUUUCUCCUGAUGAAUCUCAAUUUGUUACUAUGAGUUUCCCUGAUCGUCAAGUUCGAUUAUUCAAGUUUACUUCUGGUAAAAUGUAUCGCAAAUAUGAUGAAAGUCUACAAACCAUUAGUGAAAUGCAACAAGCUGGAACUACUAUAUAUAAAUUGGAUGAUAUGGAAUUUGGUCGUCGUUUAGCUGUUGAUAAGGAAAUGGAAAAAACGAGUCAAUCUCAACAUGUCAAUGCUGUCUUUGACGAAAGUGGUAAUUUUGUUAUAUAUGCAACAUUAUUGGGCAUCAAAGUGGUGAACAUUCAUACCAACAAAGUGGCAAGGUUGAUUGGAAAGUCAGAAACGCAUCGAUUUUUGAAUAUGGCAUUAUAUCAAGGAGCACCAAGAAAAAAAGGGAUUUAUACAUUGGCCAUGGCAGCAUCUGAAAAUGCGGUUAUCAAAGAACGACAAGCUAUUGAUCCCACUUUAUUUUGUACAGCCUUCAAACGAAAUCGAUUUUUCAUGUUUUCAAAACGUGAUCCUUACACUGAUGAAACUCAUAAAGGUGAUCGUGAUGUGUUCAAUGAAAAACCAUCAAGAGAAGAACAAACAGUGGCAUCAACACAAGAACGAAAACAAGUUUUGGGAACGCAAGCUGUGCUACGUACAACCAUGGGUGAUAUUUAUCUUCGUCUCUUCCCUGAUGUUGCUCCUAAAGCAGUGGAAAAUUUUGUCACUCAUGCAAAGAAUGGUUAUUAUGAUAAUUUGAUCUUUCAUCGAGUCAUUAAAGGAUUUAUGCUUCAAACUGGUUGUCCAUUUGGUGAUGGAACGGGAGGUGAAUCUAUUUGGGGAGAAGAUUUUGAAGAUGAGAUAAGUAAGGAUGUAAAACAUGAUCGUCCAUAUACACUUAGUAUGGCUAAUGCUGGACCUAACACCAAUGCAAGUCAAUUCUUUAUUACGGUGGUACCAACGCCUUGGUUGGAUGGAAAGCAUACCAUUUUUGGACGUGCCACUGCUGGCAUGGAUGUGAUUCAUUCAAUUGAAAACAAAAAAACGAAUAGGGAUGAUAAACCUUGGGAUGAUAUCAAAAUUGUCAAUAUUGAAAUUAGAUAGAGUUGUUUUUAUUUAGUAUUUUAAUAAAAAAGCAAAUGUUUAUUCUUU